GAUAUCAAAGCACCAUCGAUGUUCACUAAUCGUCAAGUCGGCAAAACUUUGGUGAAUCGUACACAAGGAACAAAGAUAGCGAGCGAAGGACUGAAAGGACGUGUCUUCGAGGUGUCUUUGGGCGAUUUGAACAACUCUGAAUUCGACUUCCGUAAAUUUCGACUGAUCUGCGAAGAUGUUCAAGGCAGAAAUUGUCUUACGAACUUCCACGGAAUGAAAUUCACGAGGGAUAAACUCUGCUCAAUUGUUAAGAAGUGGCACGUAAGUAUUUAA